GGUGUUUGUUUGUGUGGUCUAGGCUGAACGCUCCCGCCCACUACUUCUCUCCGUUAUCUCUUUGUUUCUUCGCCCUCGCACUCGUCUUCUUCGAUUGUUCCACUUCCACCACUCGCCAACACAUUUCCUUGUAAUUCUUGUUGCCUGAAAAAGAAAAAAAAAAACGAAAGAGAAAAAGAAAAGAAAGAAUCGAAGGUUGAUCCCCGUCGCUUCGAAUAUAAUCGAGUAUUCGAGUAUCUCCUUGAUGCUCUGCUUGUGUAGUUCGUAAUAUUUUCUACUGCUUUUUUUCUUUUCCUGGAGUUCCGGUUCGCCACCCGCCAAUUCAGUUGGAGCUCUGUUUAUUGUUGUCUGUUGUUUUGUUUGCACGAGUCCAUGCGAUUUCUAUGUUCCGAUGCUUCGUUAUCGUAGAAAUGGCUUCUACUCCUUCUAUGUCAGUUCCUGUCGAAUGCUUGAACCUUUGUAAGUUAUCCAAAGGGGAUGGCAGUGGAAGAUACGAGUGUAGCAUCCUCUCCUGUGCGUGGAAGGCUCCUAGGGUCUUGACUGGUUCUCUUGCCAGCACUGCUCAUUCUCCUCAUUGUUCUUCCUCGCCGGAUGGGCGAACGGGAAGAAGAAACCAGACCAAAUCUAGAUCUGAAGCCUCAUAUUUUGGAGACUGGUACGCCACAAAAGCUGCCAAGUUUGCAUUUUCUGGGAGGUUACAUAGAUCAUGUUUGCUUCCUGUUGCUUGUAGAAGAUGGCAAUUACGUUGUUCUUCCUCAUUUUCUUCAGAAUCUACUGAUAUAAUUUCUCCUGAAACAUUGUGGGAGGACCUUAAACCAAUUAUUUCAUACCUUCCACCGAAAGAGAUGGAGUUGGUCCAUAAUGCUUUGAAGCUAGCUUUUGAGGCUCAUGAUGGUCAAAAGAGGCGAAGUGGAGAGCCCUUUAUCAUUCAUCCUGUUGAAGUUGCACGUAUUCUUGGAGAACUCGAAUUGGAUUGGGAAUCUAUUGCUGCUGGAUUGUUACAUGACACAGUUGAAGACACAAAUGUUGUUACAUUUGAAAGAAUUGAGAAAGAAUUUGGUGCCACUGUACGCCAUAUCGUUGAGGGAGAGACUAAGGUAUCCAAACUGGGUAAGCUAAAAUGUAAAAAUGCAGAUGAUACAGCACAGGAUGUAAAAGCUGAUGACCUGCGGCAAAUGUUUUUAGCAAUGACAGAAGAGGUCCGUGUAAUUAUUGUCAAACUAGCUGACAGAUUACACAACAUGCGCACGCUUUCACACAUGCCUCCACAUAAGCAGUCCAGCAUAGCUUUGGAGACAUUGCAAGUCUUUGCCCCUCUUGCCAAGUUGUUAGGAAUGUACCGGAUCAAGUCGGAACUGGAAAAUUUAUCCUUCAUGUACACAAAUGCCCAUGAUUAUGCUAAAGUCAAGAGAAGAAUUGCAGAACUUUAUAAAGAGCAUGAAAAGGAACUUGCAGAGGCAAAGAGAAUUUUAAUGAAGAAAAUUGAGGAUGACCAAUUCUUGGAUCUUAUGACAUUAAAGGCAGAAGUUCGCUCUGUAUGUGAGGAACCUUACAGCAUCUAUAAAGCUGUUCAGAAAUCUAAAGGUUCAAUAGACGGGAUCAACCAAAUUGCACAGCUUCGUAUCAUCAUAAAACCAAAGCCGCGUAUUGGAGUAGCACCUUUAUGCAGUUCGCAGCAGAUUUGCUAUCAUGUUCUUGGGCUUGUCCAUGAAAUCUGGAUCCCCAUUCCUCGAGCUAUGAAAGACUACAUUGCAACCCCAAAACCUAAUGGCUAUCAAAGUCUUCAUACGACAGUGAUACCAUUUCUGUAUGAGAGCAUGUUUCGGCUGGAAGUUCAGAUAAGAACCGAAGAGAUGGAUCUGAUAGCAGAGAGGGGUAUUGCUGCGCACUACAGUGGGAAGAUAUUUGUUACUGAUUUAGUUGGACAUGCCAUGCUUAAGGGAAGAAAUUUAAGAGGAAAAGCAGUCUGUCUGAACAAUGUGAACAUUGCUCUUAGGAUUGGCUGGCUAAAUGCUAUUAGAGAAUGGCAAGAGGAGUUUGUUGGGAACAUGAGCUCUAGAGAGUUUGUUGAUGCAAUAACAAGAGAUCUAUUAGGGAGUCGUGUCUUUGUGUUCACUCCAAAAGGAGAGAUCAAGAACCUACCUAAGGGAGCAACAGUUAUUGACUAUGCUUAUAUGAUACACACUGAAAUUGGCAAUAAAAUGGUUGCUGCAAAGGUCAAUGGUAAUCUUGUCUCUCCCAUGCAUGUACUUGCAAAUGCUGAAGUUGUGGAGAUAAUUACAUACAAUGCUCUUUCUAGCAAAUCUGCUUUCCAGAGGCAUCAGCAGUGGUUGCAACAUGCAAAAACACGAAGUGCCCGACACAAGAUAAUGAAAUUCUUGAAGGAGCAAGCUGCACUCUCUGCUACUGAAAUAACAGCAGAUGCUGUAAAUAACUUUGUUGCUGAUAUUGAAGAUGAAAGUGAAUCAGAAGAGGUAGAAAAUUCUCCUAAUGUUAGCAAACCAUUGUGGAAGAAGAUUCUCACUAAUGUUGCAGAGCUCUCUUCUUUAAAAAGAAGCAAUGAUGAUGCUCAACACUCUCAGAACGGUAAAGUUGGAGUCCCUAAGGUCAAUGGGAAGCAUAACAAGAACGCACAACAUAUGAGUUUGAAGGCCAAGGGAGAGUUUCUGUCACAGGGAAAUGGUAUUGCAAGGUUGAUAUAUGCUAACAUCCCAAUGUAUAAGGAAGUCUUACCUGGUCUGGAAAGCUGGCAAGCUGGCAAUAUCACCUCCUGGCACAACCAUGAAGGACAUUCAAUCCAAUGGUUCUCUGUAAUAUGCAUAGAUCGGAAAGGUAUGAUGGCAGAAAUUACAUCAAUAUUGACAGCUGUUGGCAUCGCCAUUUGUUCUUGUGUGGCAGAGAUUGACAGAACAAGGGGAAUGAGCGUCAUGUUAUUUCACAUUGAAGGGAGUUAUGAUAGUCUGGUAAAUGCUUGUUCCAGUGUGGACCUGGUUCUUGGUGUUCUGGGCUGGUCUACGGGUUGCAGCUGGCCAAUCUCAUCAGACAACCAACAUUUUCUCGAAUGCUAAAAUAUGCAACAAAGGUUACCAAAUUUAUAUUCUUGGAGGAAAUUUUACGAGAUGACCAUCAUAUUCUCUUUUUUAUUUUCCUUGUAUCCUUGAGGCUGAGAAAUCAGUGAGUUCCACGUGUAGAUUGUGGGUGUCGUAGUUCCUUGGUUUCUCAUUUUUUUUUUUUUCGUUUAGAGCUCAAAGAGAAGUGAUACAUCAUCAGCUAAUUGAGUGACUCUGGAGUAAGCGGACUGUAUAUAGAGGAGAGGAGUGGUAAUAGAAACUUGUGAUAAGGAGCAUCAUACCAUGUCGGACUUUAUAUACUUGUCUCUUUCUUGGAUGGACAUUUUAGACAACAGGCUGCAUAGAGGUAUUUCUAUUUAUAUUAAAGAUGAAUAGAUGGAUAUCAUCAUAUUUGAUUAAGAUGAGCACCA